AUGUUUCCGUGUCUCUUUCGGCUGGAAGUAGUUAAAAAUUGUUCGGUGAGUGAUCGUUUGACCGGAGGCGAUUCGUGGCUAUGGAAACAUGAGCUGGAUACGGCUUCGGAGGUUCAGGAGCUGGCUUUGAUCUCGGGUAUGUUGUCUUCGUUUGCUCUUGGUGUCGGUAGAGAUAAAUGGAAAUGGAUGGAUGAUGCAACGGGCAUUUUUUCGGUGAAAUCGGCAAAGGAUAUCCUUGUUCGUGGUAGAUGCGACCCAAAUGCUUUUGUGUUUGAUCGGUGCAAAUGGGUCCCAGUUAAGUGUAAUAUUUUUGCUUGGAGAUUAGAGUUGAAUCGUACUCCGACAUAUGACGCGUUAUUCUCUAGGGGUAUUGUCAACCAAGUUGGGGCCUGCCUUCUUUGCGGCUGCGAAGAUGAGUCUGUGAUCCAUCUUUUCAUGUCGUGCCGAUUUGCGGAUUUGAUUUGGCAAAAGGUUAGUAGAUGGUGUCGUAUUCCAACAAUCUUCGGGUUUUCGAUAAAGGACCUUUUGGAAAUUCAUAAGUUCAGUAGGUUGGGGUCUUCGGAAUCGAAGAUUCUCCAAGGCAUUAUCAUCAUCGCAUGUUGGUGCAUUUGGUUGGUGAGAAAUAAAGUGGUUUUUUCAGGCUCUCGGGCGAAUGUGGAAGAUGUUUUCAGUGAGUUAAGAUCCAUGGGUUAUUUUUGGCUCAAGCAUAGGUCUGCUUUUCAGUCGAAAUUUGUAAUUGUGUAA